AUGAAGGCCAUCGAGGCGGAGCGCGUCAUCGAGACGGGGCACUACAUCAAGAACGACCCGGACAAGGAGGGCUACUGGACAGCCCGCAAGACCAAGACCGAGGGCGUCAAGAUCGAGAUCAAGACCGAUCCAGGGAGGCCAUCGGCGGCAACCAGACCGUCGACCGGAGUGCCGACUGCGGCGCGCACCGUGCGGUCGGUCGGAGCGGACCCAAGCUCUGCGGCAUCGGAUUCAACACCCCGCAGCAGCACGUGGGAUGUGGUCUCGAGUGCCGCGGCGGACCCGGACGAGACGCCCACGCUCGCGACCCAGCAGAGGGACCUCAUCAUCAAGUGGGCAGUCUUGGCCUGGGGAGUCAGGCGCCUGAAGGUGAAGCCAGAGGUGAAGCAGGAGGACUUCGUGGCGAUGCCGGUGCCGGGGGACAUGGGGGAUGUCCACGUGAACUGUUCGGCAAUGCGAAUGGACUUUGCCGAAGUCGCGUGCUCUCCAACUUCAAGGCUGACAGCCGGUCUGAUUAAUGAGGGUUUCAACUGCCAGCGCACCAACCUGGAGCAGGGCUACGACCUCCACAAGAAGGACGACACUCGUCGUGCCAAGGAGUGGUUCAAUACGACGUGUCCUCGCAAGGCGUGGUUUUCGACACCAUGUACCUACUUCUCGUUGAUGCAGAAUCUUACCCCCGAACACAAACGACGACCUGGCAACUGGGAGAAUUUCCUGCGAUCGCGACUUCGGGCUCGUGCUAUGAAUGGGCACUGCGUGGAUAUGGCCUUGGAAACUCUACGAUACGAUGGUGAUAUCUACUGGGAGUGGCCGUACAAGUGCAGUGGCUGGUCUACACCGGAGCUCAACCGGUUCAGGCGCGAGGCGGAGAAGAUCAUCGGACGACCUCUCCGCAUGGUCAGGGUCGACGCGCGCCAGGUCGGCAUGCGCGAUGAUCCCGGCGCGCUCAGGAGCAAGUCGUGGGGCAUCCUCACCAGCGACGAGAAUUUCACGCAGUGGACCUGCGUGGUCAGUCAGGAUUUCGCGGAAGACUUCUGGGCCAUGAGCGCGCUGCAGGAUUACAAGGAGCAAGUGCACGGCAUCGAGUCGGGCAUACAGAAGCAUUUCAAGAAGAUGCCGGAGGACAGCGUCACGCUCGACAAGGACACGCAGCACCAGGCCGUGGUGUCACUCUCUAUGCCACCAAAGCUGUGGCAGACGGUGAAGCUGGACUGCUUCGAGCUGGAGGUGCACCACAGGAAGCUGUUCGCGGUGCUCUACAUGGACGCGGCCUGCAAGUUGGCAGUUCGCAGUGUUUUCAAGGAACUGGAUACUAAGGGCAAGAAGGCGUACUUCGAGCCGUCUGGCGCCCAGUUCCUGAUCUCGGGCCCGGGCGGCGGCUUCGUGAGCAACCAGUUGCGCGAGUGGUGUGGCAAGAACGCCGCGGGCAUCAUCCAGAGCCCGGGCGAGUUCCAUUCUCUCACGGCUGACCUGGAGGUUCUUAUCAGGCAGAUCAAGAAGACCGCUCGACGCAUCUCCUUAGACGAGCCGACGCUAUCGUUGGCCGACUGUGCGUCGCUGGCCUGCGCCGCUCACAACAACCAGCACACGGCGUCGGGCUACGCGCCAGUCCAGUGGGCGCACGGUGCCAACCACCAGGGCUACCAGUUCGCGGAGGAGGCUCGUUCAGUGGCGACUCGGCUUCGGCACUCCAUAAGGCAGAAGCUUCUCUCGAUCAAGAUCGGCGACUGGAUCAUGUACUUCCGUCGUGGCAAGAACACUGGAUCUCGAGAUUCGUGGUUCGGACCGGCCAGAGUUCUGGCCAUCGAGCCGAAGGUCAACCUCCAGCGCGAACGCGCCGACGAGUCCGCUUCGAUCGAGGACGAGAUUCCGGUGCUGGGCGUGGUGAGUUUACCGAUUUGGCAGGCGACUCACCUUCGGAGCGGGAAAUUGCCGAGAGCCUGGCAGACCUACCAGAGCAACCGGGACCAGGUGAAGAUUUUCCCCAAAGAGAUCGGCGUGAAUCGCAUGAUGGUGCUCAGUCUGGAGACGACGGUGCAAACCUACGUCCCGGCCCUCGAGAUGCCCCCCCAGAUCUGUCUCGAGUACCUGUCCCAGAGGACGAGGAUGGAACAGGCCGCGAGCUUCACAAAAGGGGCCAAUUCACGAGUGGUCAGGACUGGAAGCCGACCAGGUCAAAAGUACCUGGAGGCUUGGGGCAACCUCCACAACCAGUCCGUGGCCUACCUGAAGGACACGACCAUCGAGCGUGAAGUUGUCGAGGUCGCGACCGAUUUCGCUCACAUUGGAGCCUUCCUUCAAGACUCUACGGUCUGGCUCUCCAAGAGGCUUGGCGACGGCAAGGCGACAGAGGUCGCCUAUUCCAAGCUGGCGCCAGGGCAGCAAGAGGAGCUCACCGAGAUCGACGAGUCGCGAUUGCUCAAGAUGCGCUGGGUCCUCACCUACAAGUGCCAGGAGGGUGGCGCACGCAAGCCGAAGGCUCGGCUAGUCAUUCUGGGCCACCAGCACCCGAGUCUGACGGAGCUCUCUACGGCGGCGCCCACGCUGGGGAAGCUGGCUCGCAAUAUGCUGUUCCAGGUGUGCGCGCAGCACAAGUUCAAGCUCAAGUUCGGCGACGUCAGUCAAGCUUUCCUCCAGACCGACGCGAGCGAGGAGUUCGAGAGUCUGAAUGAAGGUUGGCGGCAACUACGCACCGACCAAUGCGCGUGGAUCUUGCUGGACUCCAACAAUCAGCUGAAGGGCAUCAUCGGCGUCCGCGUGGAUGACUUCAUCAUCGGCGGCGACGAGACGACGAAGUUGUACGGGGACGCGGAGAAGGCCAUCAAGGACAUCUACCGAUGGGGCGCAUGGACUUCCGGCCAGGCCGAGUUCAGUGGACUACGCGUUCGCCAGUUCAAGGAUUUCUCGAUCACGCUGGACCUCUACGACUACACGAACAAGUUCAUCACGGAGGCCGAGAUCGACGCUGACCGCAAGAAGCAGGCUCAUCUACCACUCGAGCCGAAAGAGAUCUCACUCCUUCGUGGAGUACUGGGUACAGCCAGCUGGAGGGCUCAGCAAGUGUCUCCACAGUAUGUGGUGGACGUUGGGCUCGCCUCGUCCCAAGUCAACAACGCCAAGAUCAGUGACUUGGUGAACGCCAACAAGCUUGUCAAGGACAUGCGUAAAUCAGCCUCGCAAGUGAUCAAGUUCCACCAGUUCGAGAAAUACGAUUGGCACGAGUUACGGAUGGUGCAGUGGGCGGAUGCUAGUGACAAGCUCAGGCCCGACGGCAGCAAGACUGGCGGGCUGGUGACAGGCCUCUCGACUCCGGAUUUUGCGAAUGGCAGCAUGGCAAAUGUUUCGAUACUUGGAUGGAGAUCUUUCAAGCUACCUCGUAAGAUUUGGGGUUCCAACAACAACGAGACGCAGUCGACCGCGUUCGGCGACGAGAAGUUGUGGUUAUCAAGAUUGAUGUGGGCAGAAUUAGAUGGAGUCGAACCGACUCGUUGGAAGUUGGACGACACUGUCAAGACCGUGCCAGGUAUGCUCAUCACAGAUUCACGUGGCAUUUACGAUGCGAUUUUAAAGUCGGAGUCUCCUCAAUUGGGUAUGCGCAGAUUCAGAUCAGGUGAGGAGGCCAGAGGCAUUAAGGAGCAGAUCUUGCGCACGGACGUUUCUUUUAGAUGGGUGAACGGUUUGGCCAUGUUAACAGAUAGUUUGACGAAGCCGGAAUAUCCGGCUCGGCAUGUGAUGGAAGAGUUUUUGACCACACAGCGCUGGAAGUGUACUUUUGAUGAGAUGUUCCAAAGUGGACGUCGGAGGCAGCGCGAUGGCAAGGGCGCUUUCGCAGACGCGCCUGAGGAGGCCGACAUUGGAGGCAAGGAAGGUGUUUUAGAUCCUUUGGAGUCGUUGUGUGACGAUUAUUUUCUUUCAGAUUCGACUCGCAAUCUAAUGCGGUCUCGGUACAUGUAG